CUCAAGGUGCGACAAGUUUGUGUUUCCGAACACAUUGAUUUCACUCGUGCCGCUUGCCAUCAUGUGGGCGUCGCUGAUGGGUGGUGGCAUUUUGUUUGGCCUUGGCCUUGUCAUGGCCACUAACAGCAGCAGUGAACGCAACUGCUGCUGUGAGGGCAGCUAUCGCGAUGCUUAUGGCGGUGCAGUGUGGACGGUACAUCAAGCCUUUGAGUACACUUGUCCUGGCAAGUGCUCUGCCGACGGUACACUCUAUUCCACAGCCGAUUGCUCAGGACCCUCUAUGGAUAGCGAGAUAUAUAUGGUGCGUUGCUAUCCAAACCUUGGCACAGAGCUGUUUGAUAGUGUGAAUUGGAAAUGCAAGAAGGCGCCCAAAGUACCCAAGGAUUCCGGCUGCUGCUGUCAAUCAUGGUACAAAAAAGGUCAUUUCGGAGGAGACCUUGCUAUAUCGAAGGCCAUCAGAUAUGACUCAUGCGGCAGCGGAUGUCCUCCGGGUGGCAUGCGCUACGAUUUCAACUUCAACGACUACCACCCGCUUUUGGACACUGAAAAUUGCAGUAGCUCGCCCAGCUCGGUGGGGGAUACUUAUAGGAUAUGCCAUCCCUACCAAGGAAUCAACAGAGACGCGUAUGCGUGGGGGUGGCACGACCUCAAGUUCAUUACAGGCCCAGUUUGCAGAGGUGGUCCUCUGGAUAAGGAUGAGCAGCUUGAAAAUCGUCGACGCUACUACUCAAAAGCUGCUCCAACAGCAAACGCCACAAACAUCACGGCCAUGACAGCUGGACCUGUGCCAAUUUCAAAUCUGACUUCGGAUGCAUUGGCAGAGCGCACCAGCCUAGUUUUCCCUUGAGUACAGUGGACAACACCUGUUACGGCAUUCACAAGAAGUGGCGCCCCAAGACCGACAUGAAGUGCAACCAAAAGAAAGCCAGAGCUCUUGGGAUGGCUUCCUGUGUUCUACUUCAGCAUCAUUUGCAACUUUGUUGUCGAUCAUCACAAGACUGUUAUCGCUGAAAUUGCAGUGAUUCAUGGCACACAGCUUCCACAUUUUUGCGCGCCUUUCUUCUUCUGCAGAUUGUGCAAA